GUUCAUUUCGUUGUGUUCCAAAUAAACGUUCUAAACAACAUAUGCAGUCUAUGGUCUACUCCUUGACGUAUUUUUUCGACUCACGACAAAUUUUGGCGGCAGUGGUGGGAUGCAACUGGAACAGAACUGAAUCUACGAGCAGACACGACGAAGUCAAGUUCUGGUGCUGCAAUCCUUGAGCUGGUGCCGAGAGACGAAUUUGACAGAAAAGGAUACCAGACCCCUGGAUGCUGAUUUUAGAUAUAUUUUGUUCAUGCAUUAUCUUUCAUUGAUUUGAUUGUAUAUUGAUUUUUCCAUUGCUUUAUCUUACAUUUGCAUUGUGCAUAGUUUCUUAUCCCCACUGUGAUAUAGCAUCAGAAUGGCGCAGAUAGACGAUAUGAUACGGGCGCUGACGACAGCACAUCAGGGCUUAAACACCCAACGGGGUCCGCCGCCUGUUAAGUUAUCCAAGAUUAAAGGAAGUGUACGUGAGACCGGGGAGCUGUCCCUGAAAGAGUGGAUUGAUGAUUUUAACAGCUAUGCUGCUCAUUACAGUCUAACUGGGGAAGCCAAGGCCAAUUCGCUUCUGGCCCAUCUAGGUGGAGCGGUAAAAGACGAGAUAAUGUGUUAUGGUGAUGAUGUAAAGAGAGACAGUGCAAGGAUUAUUGAGAAGCUUGAAGCGCUAUUUGCACCAGUCAACACCGUUCAAUCACUUAGCAGUAAUUUUCAUAGCCGGUCCCAACUAGAUGGCGAGUCGUUGGGCGAUUACAGCCGAGCGCUGAUGCGAAUAUACCAAAGGAUGACCAAGGCAGCGACGAUGGAUGUUGAGAGGGCAGCAUUAGAAAGCCUGAAGGACAAUGCCCUGAAGGAGAGGUUCACUAGAGGGGUGAGGAAACCAUGGGUUCAACGUGAGCUACGUAGGAUAGAGAUGGCAUACAAAGACAGAUCUUUCCAAGAAAUGAGAGAAGAAACCUUAGAAUUCUUUAGGAAUAUUGAGAGUCAGAAGAAACGUGUACUAGUACAUGAGGUGGUGAACGACACGCAGAGUGAUGAGAUGGAAGCGUUAAAGGCAGAAUUGAGGGCAGUCAAAGCUCAAUUGAAUCGUCAGACAGAUGGUGGUGCAAGUAGUGGUGGUAUAACGCAAUGUAGGCCCUUGACGUGUUAUAAGUGCCUAGAGAAGGGACACCAUAAGAAGGAUUGUACCAAACAGUUUAAGUGCCUCCAAUGCAAGCAGUAUGGUCACUUUAAGAGAGACUGUCCACAAUUGCAAAGUGCUGCUGCAGGCGUAGGGAGACCAAGCCCGAACAAUGUUGAAGUUGGCAGUAUCGCUAGCACAGAGGACCAUGAGGAUAAGUUGGUAGCCAGCAGUCCAACAGCAACUAUAACCCUAGUCGGAGUUGAGCUUGGUUGUAUUUUGGAUACGGGGGCCAUGACGUCACUGAUCCCAGCCUCUGUCUACGAAGAGAAACUUAAGCCAAAACUUGGAAAUUUAGCACCAGAAGUAACUUAUCUCAGAUAACUGGUGUCAACGGAGAGCCUGUGGACAUGCAAGGUUACGUAUGGUGAGAAUAAGCUUAGUGCGAGUUUCUUGGUGUCUAAAGGCGGUUCGAGCAAGAGGAGUCAAGGCCAUCCCAUUCUACUUGGCUGCAACAUACUAAAGAAGUUAGCGAUGUUUGAUGCCCCACAGAAAGACAACUUUGCACGGAAGUUCAUAAGGAUGAUAUUGCUAGAGGAGGCCGAUGGCAAAGAUCAAAGAUCCGUCCAGAGUGAAGUGAAACAAACAGCCGAGCUGCGAAUGGCCGAAAAUGUUACCGUACCAGCAUGCAGCAUAAAGAAGAAUAAACUGUCUGGUUGGGAAUAGCCUCAAGGGUAAUGUACUUGUAAGCUCGACACAUGAGAUUGAGCAUGCCGAAUUGUUAGAAGGAUGCGGAGCAGUGGAUGAUGGAGCUGUCAGUGUAAUGGUGGCCAAUUCGAAAAACCAGCCUAUCAACCUACACAAAGAUGUCAUAGUGGGAGAAGUGUCUGUUGUAGACAAGUAGCAGAAGGCUGAACUGGUUCAGGUUGUAGGUGGUUUGGAGGUUCGGGUAGAUGAGGUGUUAGUUGCAUCUGGGUGUGAUGUCGUCCAAUGAAAUGAAACUGAACAGAUGAUUCAGGAAUGCGGGGAAAUAGCUCCUGGUUUGGACUUAAGUCACCUAAAUGAGGAAGAACGGAUUUUAUGCAGUGCGUCGCAAGAUAUCCAAAUGUGUUUUCAACUGGCUCGUAUGACGUCGGUAAGUGCAAUCUAAUACCUCACUCCAUUAGUCUAACGUUGGAGAAAACAAUCCGUGAACCCUUUAGGAGGAUACACCCGCAUAAGGUACCUGAGGUGAAGGCGAUGAUUCAGGAGAUGGUGGACCAACAAAUAAUCAGGCCAUCUAAAAGUGCGUACGCAAGCCCUGUCGUAAUAGUAACCAAGAAGGACGGAUCCUUGCGACUAUGCAUAGAUUACAGAAGGCUAAAUGCGUCCUAUAUUUGGACGACAUAUUGAUUUUUUUGUCAUCCUUAGAACAGCACCUUGUUCGCCUUGAGAAAGUGUUGGGUAGACUUUCCCAGUUCAGCCUGAAGCUAAAAGGGAAGAAAUGUAAUUUGCUUAGACGAAAGGUAGAAUACCUUGGACAUGUAGUAAACGAACAUGGAGUGCAAGUAUCCGAGGAGAAGGUUAAAAGAAUCAAAGAGUUGCCUACACCUACCUCCGGUAGAGAAGUAAGCUCGUUCUUGGGCGUCCUACUACAGAUGGUUUAUUAACGGGUUUUCGAAAAUCGCAGCACCUCUUCAUACACUUGUGGGUAAGACCCGAGUGAACACAAAGAACGCUAAAUCUGAGAACUUCAUUUGGCGAGACGAAGAGAACGACGCAUUUGAGGAUUUGAAGUCAAAAUUAUGUACGACCCCAGUGCUAGCAUAUCCAGACUUUAACCGAGAAUUCGUACUGGAAGUGGACGCAUCGUUUAAGGACUUGGUGCUUGUCUGAUGCAAAAAGACUUGGAAGGAAGACCACACCCCAUUGCGUAUGCAAGCAGAGGCCUGAGAGGUUCAGAAAAGAACUACCACGACCUAUCGAGCUUCAAGGUAGAGUUGCUCUUAAAUUGGCGGUGACGGAGAAGUUUAGCUCCUAUAUUAUGAACAACAAAUGCAUUGUGUACACAGACCACAACCUGUUAGUUCAUUUAGAGACUGCAAGACUCGGAGCCACAGAACAUCGUUGGGUUGCCCAGCUUGCCAAUUACGACUUUAGUUUGAAGAUGUCUUGGUCAUAACUGAUGCGUAUUCUAAGUUUGCAGCUUCUGUUCCGUGCAAGGACCAAUCGGCUAAAAGCAUAGCGAGGGCUCUUUGAGAUAAUUGGUUUGUUUGCUAUGGGGUACCGGAUAGGAUUCAUUCCGACCAGGGCAAAAAUUUUGAAAGCCAUGUGAUUAAGGAGCUAUGCAAGGUAUACAAUAUAACGAAAUCCACAACCUCAGGCUACCACCCAGCCGGUAAUGGUCAGACCGCAAGGUUUAAUAUGACACUGUGCAGUUUGCUGAGGGCUAUCAAGCCUGCAGAGAGAAAACGAUGACCUGAGAUGCUUGGACAUGUGGUGUUCAUGUACAACACUACACCCCAUUCUGUAACUGGUGUCACACCCUACUUACUAAUGAUGGGAAGGGAACCCAAAUUGCCAAUAGAUCACUACUUGGAUAACACAGCUUCUAACUGGGAUGAGGACUAUAUACAGCAGCAAUCUGAAAUGAUGGAAAGGGCAGCGGAAGUCGUAAGUGCUAGGUUAAGGGCAGCAGCUGAAAGGGAAGAGAAACGUCACUUGCUGACUAACUGCGAGCAGUUUGCGAUUGGUGAUAGGAUUUUGCUUCGUCAUAAAUGUUUUGAUGGCAGACACAAACUUGUCGACAACUUGAAACAUCCUAUAUUGUUACCGGCGUAAACACUGAAGGCGACGGAUACCAAAUUAGGCCAAGUGGUGGAGGGUUAACUAAAUGGGUUAACAGAAGGAGAAUAAUUAGAGAUCCCCGAGAUGCAGAACAAGAACAGGAAGAGGAGUGCUUAAUUACAGAUAUGCAAAGUGUAGACGAUACAUCAAUAAAUCAUUGGCUACAGUUCAGAAACCUGGGAGUACCCCGACCUCUACGAAGAUCAUCCAGGCAAGGUAGAGGACAUAAUAAUAUUAACUAUCUCCCAAGAUCUGUUCAACAUUAGUUUGUUAUUGUUCAUGUUAUAUUUGCUUUCCGGGACGUAAAGCGGGGAAGAAGUCAGAGACUGGAACCAUCGUAACUUGUAUGGGGUCUAUUUUAUUUCGAGUAGGGAUAUUUAUUUACUAUAUAUGUCGUGUCCGUCUGGACAUUCAGCGGAGCGAUUGUUUAUUUAGCAUCCUUGUGAUACGACUAGCGCGUCCUUUUCGAACAAGCCAAGCAAGUUGAGAACCUGCCACGAGAGAGAUUGACCCUUUACGAUGUUUUAAUUGAUUGUACGAUCUUUCAUUUACUUGCUAAUAAAUAUUAUGAACAUUUAUUAUUAUUAUUUUACUUAUGAUUAUCGAUUUUAUGAUGUAUUUUGAUAGCGAUUGUCACGAUUUUAUGAUCACCUUGUGGAGCUGUAAUAUUUGAGUUUUAGCUUAUAUAGAUGUUCGAAUGACUUUGUUAUGAUACUUUUAUUGCUUAUUUAACCGUGAAUAUUAUUUGAAUGUCAUUACCUAUGAAUUUAUUCAAUUGAUUGCUAUGCUAUGCUUUAUGAUAGUACGAAUGAUUGUGCUAUGAUUACAUGACAUUGUAUUAGUAAUGGUUAAAUAUUCGUUUUACUAGAUUAUUUUGGUGAGAACCGCCGAUUGUUUCUUGUCCGAGAUUUCUUGUUUGUAGCCUCUGAACGAGUGCAAUGCAGGUGCGGUCAUGAUUUAAUUAUUAAUUUUGUUUAGAUUGUUUGAGUGAUUCUGAUUAUUUUAUUAGAGUAAUAGGGAUACUCUUUACAUUACGAUUGAUGAACUUAAGUAUGAUGUACUAGAGUUAUUGCAAUUGCAUUUAUGCUUGUAAUACUGUUCGCUCAACCCAGAGAAAAUAUUUUCUAAAGAUAAUGUUUAACCAUGAGAAAUAUAAUAAGAUUAUUAAUUAAAAGGAUAUAUUAGUAAUGACACGAGAGACAGUAACGAGUACUGUAUUGAUGUCUUGAUCAUUAAUAUUAUACUUACAUGUAGAGGGAUAUCAUUGAGUAUGAGUUUGUCAAUUAAAGAUAUUAUGUUAUGCGAUAUGACAUGAGUUUGACACUAUUCUCUGUUUCUUUGUGUUACAGGGGUUUUUCCUUUUGUUCAAUUCUCUUUUAUACUAUUUAUAUUGCUCCAUGGUUCGUUCAUUUCGUUGUGUUCCAAAUAAACGUUCUAAACAACGUAUGCAGUCUAUGGUCUACUCCUCGACGUAUUUGUUUGACUCACGACAAUAUUUUAACUGUUAUGUUUUUUUUUACUAUUAUGUAUACUAUUAUAUAUACAUUUGUAUGUAUGAACGUAUAUUAUUUUUUCAAAAAAAAUGAUGUGCAAGCCAAAAAACAGAAAACAUCUCUCAUCCACAGAGAUCAGCUGAUCCUUAAUGAGGUAGAAAAACAAACAUGUGAAAACUGUGAAAAGCUAAAUGAAAAGUAUAUGGCUACAAAAGAAAAGUACAGUUCACUCAAAAAAGAAUUGAAUAGUUACAAAAGUCUUGUUGAUGUUGGACAGAUGAUUGCAGAUUAAAAAAAUAUCCAGCAAAGAGGUCAGUGACAUCCACAAGAAAACCUGUUUGGAGAAGGUUAGAUGAUACUAUAAGCCAAUUGUGUGUAGGAAAAUUGUCUAUCCUAAAUGCGAAAGUUUCAAAAAUAGCGUAAUACGGAACUGAUGCCAAAAUCUACAGAAGACUUAAUGAUGUCCCCUGAACGAGUGAAAGAGGCUAAGAAGAACUGACGUGCCGCAAAUGCCCAAGUAUCAGUCCGGCAGCAAUUAAAAGUUUGUUAUCCAAUAAGUUAAAAGAAAUAAUGAAAGCAAGCAGAAAGAGGGACACUGAUAUUGUUCUGCUUUAAAUACAAAGGAUGUAUAUAUGUGUUUUUAUGCUAUAGACACGAGUAAAGAACAUAAUAUGAGAUGAGAUAUGUGUUAAUACAGUAUACAAAGGAUGUGUUUUAAUAAAAGUCA